AUGGUGGCUACAGAGACACUACGAAAUUGUGAGACCAUCUCAUCCUCAGGUAGUUUCUCGAUCUUUGCAAUCACUGCCAACGUCACAACUACUUCAGCUCUCUCCUCAUGCAUCUUGAUCGCUUCGAUUUUGUUCUCCUUUCCAUCUACUUCAAAUGCUGCUGGUGCCUUUGUUGGAGGAGAUAUCUCAUGGAAGACAUGUCAGAAUAACAAUGUCGAGUCAAGAUUUUAUGAUCCUCUUUUUCCUGAGGUCUGCCUUCAAUGUACGAGAAGUUUAUGCAUUGGCGCAACGAUUAGAGCAUCAUUCAGCACUAAGCUCGAAUAUGGCAGCAGCAGAUUCCUCACAAAUCUGGAACAGGAUGUAGCUAAUUUCAAGGCUGGUAUUAGCACUGUUUUGAGACUCGAUCGGAAUAUGGGAACAGAAUCUUUGCCUAGUGUAGAUGAACUCAAAAUUGGAUACAGGCGAGGCUUGGGGGAUACUUCUACGGUGCCAGAUGUUACGAAAUCCAGAUCAGGAUUGAUUGACUGCACCGGUGAGUCGGUUGCGAAUGACUUGUAUGUUUUGAAUGUUGUGUACUUCCGUUCCUUGUUCUAUUCCUUCUACGUACCAAUACAAUUUUCAAAUCACGAGGGUUUCGACGAGCACACGGACUAUCGUUUUAUCUUCAAGCCGGAGUUGCAUAUGACGACAAGCAAUGUUCACCUGGGAACCUACAGCGAGUUCGCUUCACAGUUCAGACUUACCAUCCAAAUUCGACCUACCAAUCGAAACUUCGUACAACAAAAUUUUGCACUUGAUUCAGAGAUUGGUUGA